AUGCGUUUCCAAUCUACCGUUCUUGCCGUUGCGGCCACCUUCGCUUUCGCCAGCGCCCAGAACCUCGAGAAUGUUCCUCAGUGCGCUAUUCCUUGCUUCGUCUCUUCUCUCCCCGCCUCUAAGUGCGGUACCACCGACAUCAAGUGCCAGUGCACCACUGGCCGUCAACCCCUCCAGGAGGCCCUCAUGGCCUGUGUUCCCACCAAGUGCAACGAAACCGAGGCUCUGAAGAUCAUCCCUGCCGUCGCUGGGCUCUGCGCCUCCGCCGGUAUCACUCUCACCGACAUCCCCACUGCCGCUCCCGCUGCUACCGGCAGCCCUGCCGCCUCUCCUUCUGGCACCCAGCAGCAGUCCGGUGCUCCUGCUGGCAGCCCUGCCAGCCCUACCCCCUCUGCCUCCAAGCCCACUGCCUCUGGUACCUCGGGCUCCCCUGCCCAGUCUACCGGCGCUGCUUCUGGCAACUACGCUGCCAUUGGCUCUGUUGCCCUUGGUCUCGCCGCUGCUGCUUUCGCCUUGUAA